AUGUCCAAGGAACUUCCUAUAUUGAAGAACUCAAGACUAGGGUGGAUUGCUAGUGGAAGAGUUCAGGCUGAAUCGGAAACUGUGACAUGCGUCGUUUUCUUAGAAGAUGAACGUGCUCUAGAAGAUUUAUUAAAGAAGUUCUGGGAACAAGACGAUGUUUGUGAAGAUCAGAAGAUGACAAUAGCAGAAGAACAGUGUGAAAAUCACUUUAACCAAAAUAGAACAGUAAAUGAGAAUGGUCGGUUUGUGGUGCGAUUACCGUUUGCAGACUGCCCUGAGAAGAUUUCCGAAUCCCUGAAUAUUGCACAAUCAAGAUUCUUUGCGUUGGAGCGUCGCUUAUCUAAGGAUGCAAGUCUUCACGAGAAGUAUGCUAAAUUUAUGAAGGUGUAUGAGGAUCUAGAACAUAUGACGAAAAUACAAUCAAGAGAUGUGCGUGGUAAUCAUUACUAUAUCCCGCAUCAUUGUGUCCUACGCCCAAAUAACAACACAACAAAGCUGAGGGUUGUGUUCGAUGCGUCUUGCAAGUCAUCAUCUGGAUGGUCACUAAAUGAUAUUUUGCAUUCAGGCCCCAGGGUUCAAGGAGAUCUGUUUGGAAUGCUGUUGCGAUUUAGACUGCCGCGAUUUGUCUUUACAACAGACAUUGAGAAGAUGUAUAGACAAGUGCUAGUCGACAAAACAGAUCGCAAAUAUCAGCUUAUCCUAUGGAGAAACACUCCAGACAAGGAACUCGAACACUACAUGUUAAAUAUGUUAACAUAUGGUACGACGUGUGCCCCUUAUCUUGCUACAAGAUGUCUAAAAUGGCUAGCAGAUACAAACUUGCAAAAAUAUCCAUUGGGGGCGCUGGCUACGUUGACAAUUGCAUCAACGACAAUUGAGAUACAGAAACAGGUUAAUAUGUUACUACAGGAAGCUGGAUUUAGACUACGAAAAUGGUGUGCUUACCACUUGAAAUUGAUGCAUGGAGUUCCUCCAGAAGAUAGAGAGUAG